AAUGCGGAUAUUAGUGCAGUGUUUGAUAGUGUGUACGAAAAUACUCCUAUCCAUUGCAACGUUCACCUUCGAUUCAGGACCAUUACCACAAGCUCUUGAACACAAAUCACCGCAGCCAAUGUAUUUGCCACAUUUUCGCUAUAUCGGAUCAUCGCCUCCACCCUUGCCUCUGCCUCAUGGAUGCUACUUGUAUUCAUGCUUGCCGCCCACUCAAUGGAUCCUGAAUUCAAGAGGUACACCAGUUCCAUCACCUGUUCCUGUUCACUGUGUCUAUCGAAGUGUAGUGCCUGGUCCUCCUGGACCACCAGGACCACCUGGACCCCCGGGUCCACCAGGUCCUUCUGAUGGCACGUCACGGCCGUCAGAUACAUCCGAAUCACCAGCGAUAUCCGGUGCUACUCUUGACGAUAGAAGUGAUGUAAUUAAAUACGCAAAGAAGACUGCAACGAUGGCAACGAGGACAUCAAUGGCACCUUCAACAUCUACAAGUAAUCCUAGUUCUGCACCGAGAACAACAGAAGCUUACACCCUGACAACCUUUGAUAUUGAUCUGCUCGGCGAAAGUGAUUCAAGGAAUGAUGUUGGAAGUGAGUCGAGAAGUUUCCUUGGAAUUAAUUUUUGAGUUGAUUAGAAUUUGAUUAGAAACGAAACGAGAAAGAAGGACAAUUAUCGACCCUCGUUGAAUCGAACAAAACACGAAUACAUCUAAUAAACUGUUAAUUGUUUUGUUUUUUGGGUAAAUUAACUUAAAGGUCGUCAAUAUUUAUUAGUCAAUUUAAUUGUAUCGCCUCAUUAGCUUUACUUAAGAAUUUGUAAUUAAGGUUAUCUGCAGGACUGAAGAUUAAUUUUUAAACUUCCUCAUCGAGCAAUAAAGUGUUGAAUAAGAACUGAAUUUAUAAUAUUUAUAA